AUGAGGAUCCCUCGCUACUCUCGCGACGCGACCAGCAGUAGCCUGCAGGAGCAGGGCGCCCUCUACCCUGGAGGAGUGGGUCUCUCCGCCACCAGACAUCCAGAACGGGAGGCCGCUGCCGCACGUGGAUACAUGAGAGGACCCUCUGCCCGUCAGCGCAAGAAGGCAUACAACUUUGCCAUCGAGGCAUACUGUGCGCCAUCAUCGCUUCGCAUGAACACUUGUGACUUCGGAAUUGUCCAUGUGCACUCUACAUGUUUUCGAAGCCAAAAGAAAACUGGCCGCCCCUACAAUGUGCAGCUGUCAUUCAACGCUGCUACCGGUGUGCCUCGUACCACAGCCUGCGAGUGCCCAGCAGGAAAGAGCGGAGCCUGCAGUCAUGUACUAGCAGCAGUACGCCUGCUGGCACUAUUAAAACAGCAAGGAUUUGCUGAGCCACCACCAGCGCUUGCUUGCACAGAGCUACCUCAGCAGUGGAGGCGUCCAAGACAAAAAGGAAUUAAACCUGCAAGCGUUCAAGACGUGGACUGGCGAGCACCACGAGAAGGUGGCGUCCAGUUGCCAUUGACUGCCCGCCUUUCAGAUGCAAGCGCUGACUACCAGGAUGAAGGCAGUCAAGUCGCUGCAAUCCGGUCAUUUGGUGCGGAGCUGGAAGCAUUGGGCGACCUUCCAUUCGCCGCUGUCCUGCAGGAUGUGCAGGCUCCUCUGAUCAAGACUAAGGCGGGUCUUGCUCCAGCGGACUCUCCACUGACCUACCAGCAGUCGGGCAGGCCGCAUAACUUCAAGGUUUGGAUGGCAGCUGUAGCUCCUGGUGCGGGCACCAGUUGUACUGUCCCACGUCUAGAGCUUUUUGCUGGUGCAGUGCAGCACACGUUUCCGGGCAGCUUUACAUCUGACGAGCAACGAAUUUUGAUGGAACUGCAGGUGUCUGCAGAAGAUGCACAGAAUCUUGAACAGAAUUCAAGGCAGCAGAGCCACAGUUCUCACUGGAGAGAUGGGCGUCGACAUAGAUUAACUGCAUCGCAUUUUGGCCGUGUAAUUAAGAGAAAUGAGUGGACGGAAACAGGGCUGCGGAACCUCAUUGAGCCAAAGGACUUGUCUCGCGUUCGUGCUGUGCAAUAUGGAAUCGGCAAGGAGAGUGUAGCUGCAGAUUGUUAUGAAAAUGUAAUGCAGUCUCAUGGCCAUAAUGUGACACUACACCAUUCAGGAUUGGCUGUCAACCCGGCCUUCCCAUGGCUUGGAGCUAGCCCAGACAGAUUUGUAUACGACCCAGAGGAGCUGACGUAUGGUGUGCUUGAGAUCAAGUGCCCUUAUUCUCUGAAGGAUAGCCAACCAGAAGAAGCCAGGAGCAAGAAGUUCUGUAUAAUUUUUGAAGAAAAUGAUGAGCCACAACUGGACCGUGACCACGAGUAUUAUGCCCAGGUGCUCGGUCAAAUGGGCAUAACAGGCUGCCGAUGGGCGGACUUCGUUGUCUGUUCGGAGAAUUGGAUAGCCAUCGAACGUAUUCGCUUUGAUAAAAUAGAGUGGCUCAGUAUGCGUAAAAAACUUGACAAAUUUUUUUUCGAACACAUGCUGCCUUACAUGAGCAGCAAGCACUGAGAACCGAGACUAAUCCUUAAAGGGGCCCUGAAACACUUUUUGUUGAUGUUUCUAUGCAGUGCAUGUUAGAACAUGAUGUUCAGACGAAAAAAUCUUGUGGAAACAGCACUUUUAUAGCUUUGUCUGUAAGAAUUACCACAUUUCUCAUGUAAUUUCAAUUUGUCCUGUCAAUUUGGGCUUGUGAACAGUACAAAGUUGACUUCACCUCACGAACUUUUUAUUAUGGCUGGUGUAUUUUGUGCAAUUUACAUAAUUUGUUACAUUCAGAGUAAAGGAAUAUAAUAAGACUGUAGCAGAUACAUUUGGUUUAUGUUGUUUUUGCUGUGAUGGGCACUGCGCAUUUGUUUCAUUACUAUAUUCAAAUCAGUUCAUGUUUUCUAAAGCCAUGUGAUAUGGCAGAUCACUGCACUAAUGCAGUGAAAAAAAGUUGGCUAUUCUGAAAUGUGUAAUACCUCUGUCACACGGGCAGCUUUAACUGCGGUUAUGCUUAAGCGUGGUUUACGGGACUAACCGCAGUUAACGCGAACGUUUGCCAUUGCUACAUGGGCUCAGUUAGCGCAGUUGAGCAAGCCAACGAAAUCACGUGCUGGUCAUGUAGACAGCACGUGAAUAUUUUGUCACCUUCGACUACAUUUCCCCCCCAAGAAACCAGCAGCGAUAAUACAAUACCCUCUCGGAACCUUGCCUUCGACAGCACCUUUGUUGGC